CUCUUACCAUUGACAACAACACACUGUGUGAUAACAUCACCAAUUUUACCAUGGGGUCUUAGUGUCUUACACACCCUUUUCCCUCAAAAUAAACAAAAAUUAACUUCCAAUUCCAAACUUUCCUCUUUCGAUCAUUCUUUCUCAUCUCCUCUUUUUCUUCCUAGAUCUUCCUUAUUUCUGGCAACCAAUUCCUAUUUCACUUUAAAUAUACUUGGUCAUACAAUCAACAACUCAACCAUCAUCAUCAACAACAACAACAAUUUCAAUUCGAAUUUCUUCUUCCAAGAUUACUUUACCUAGAUCCACCUACUUUAAUUAUUCCUUGAAAUUCAGGAAUUUUUCUGGGUUCAAAAUUUUAUUUUCUGGGGUUGUUGAAUUUUGGUGAAUCGUUCGAGUCAACUCAAUACAAAUGCCGGAAGAAGAUCUUGUGGAUAUAAAGUUCCGGUUAUACGAUGGAUCAGAUAUUGGUCCGUUUCGUUACUCUUCUGCCUCGACUAUUGAGAUGUUGAAAGAACGAAUUGUGUCCGAGUGGCCUAAAGGAAAAACUGUUGUACCAAAAGUGGCAAAUGAGAUCAAAUUAAUAAACUUUGGUAAGAUACUGGAGAAUAAUAAGACUGUUGGCCAGUGUCGGGCACCUUUUGGUGAGCUUACUGGUGGAGUCAUGGUUAUGCAUGUUGUUGUACAGCCAUCUCAAACAAAGACUAAAGCAGAGAAGAAGAUUGAAGAGUCAAAGAAAUUUGUUUGCUCAUGCUGCAUUAUGUAGGAAUGAAAGCAGUCCCGUCAAGUAGGUGGAUAUUGUGCAUCAAGAGUGGGAGGCAGGAGGUUGCCAGAGCUUAUAUUAAAAGCUGUUCUUUCUCAGCAAGUUUUAUCACCCUAUCAUCAUUGACAAGCUGCUGGCCUCCUAAUUUUCUUGAAAGCUUUGCCCUUUUUUUUUUUUUUUUUCUUUUUUUAAUUUUUUUUUUCUUAAAAUUUUUGGUGUACCAGUAACACGAAGCUGUAUAGAGCUAUUUGCUGUAAUGGAAAACCACAAUCAACUGUAAGAAUAUAUAGCCGUUGUGUGCGUGUGACUGAUGCUAAGAUAUAACAACAUUGUGUUCUUUCUUUUUGAAACAAAAUCAUAAUUCAUAGGUUCAUUUAUUCUGUCUGCA